AUGGAUCCUGAACAAAGCCAGAAGAGCACAAAAAAGGCUGAGGAAAGUCCAAGAAAGAGGCUUCCCAAAGGAGAGGCUUUCCAAGCCAGUAUUUCAUCCACAGCUACGUACCAGGGCAGCUCUGCUCCUUCACAAGGAGCCCCUCUCCGAGAUAUCAUAUCGCAGCAGCACUUUUCUGGUUCUUUGCCGGUUCCAAGAGAGGAGUCUCAGGAGAAGACUGGACAUCAGAAGCAGCCUAAGCCUUCCUCUUUUGAGCAUCCUCCCCAUGUUUCGCAGCUUCAGCAGCACGCACUGUCACCAGCAUUUAUGUCUCCUGGGAAACCAGAGCAUGUCCUUGAAGGUCCCACAUGGCAGCUAGUUGAUCCAGUAAGACCAGGUCCCUCUGGCUCCUUUUCAUCACCCGGGCUUCACUCUCACCACGGCCAGCUCUUACCUUCCCAUUCACCGAUCAUUCCCGGAGAGGACAUGCCGUCUGUUCAAAAGGUCUAUAUCCCUCGCCCUUCACAGGUUUCCUUAAAACAAGCUGAGGAAGUGCACAAGAAGGAAAAGAAACCUCAGAAGCCAGGCAAAUACAUUUGCCAAUACUGCAGCAGGCCUUGUGCGAAGCCAAGUGUGCUCCAAAAGCAUAUCAGGUCACACACGGGGGAGAGGCCAUACCCUUGCGUUCCAUGUGGCUUUUCUUUUAAGACUAAGAGCAAUUUGUAUAAACAUAGGAAAUCUCAUGCUCAUCGAAUAAAAGCUGGGCUGGCCUCGGGGAUCGGAGCAGAGAUGUAUCCAUCAAGCUUGGAAAUGGAAAGGAUUGGUGGGGAGGACUUUGAAGAGCCAACAGAAGGAGAAAGCACAGAUUCAGAGGAGGAAACGGGUGCGAUGUCAGGCCAUUCGGUAGAGCUCUCACCCAGGCAGAAGCACACACUCUUGUCCGGUAGUCUGCUGAGUGGAGGGAGCCAAGGCUCCAGCCAUGACCGGUGUUCAUUGUCUCAUUCCAGUAUGUCUCAGUCUCUUGAAGACAGCACCCAGUUUGCAGAGCCAUCAUCAGACCAUCCUCUGAGCCAUAAAUCCGAAGAUACCCAUACCAUAAAGCAGAAGCUUGCACUCCGCUUGAGCGAAAGGAAGAAGGUCAUAGAUGAACAAGCUUUCCUGAGCCCUGGGAGCAAAGGGAGUACUGAGUCAGGCUACUUCUCUAGAUCAGAAAGUGCAGAGCAGCAGAUCAGCCCACCAAAUACUAAUGCAAAAUCUUAUGCAGAAAUCAUUUUUGGGAAAUGUGGUAGAAUUGGGCAAAGGACUUCAGCGUUAGGUGCAAACACAUCCCAGGGGUUUCCCCACCUGUCUAGUGAAGAGAAACCUAGUAUGGUACCAUUAUCUGUGCCUAGAACACAGGUUAUUGAACACAUCACUAAGCUAAUUACAAUUAAUGAAGCUGUUGUAGAUACCAGUGAAAUAGAUAGUGUUAAGCCUAGAAGAAGCUCUUUAUCUAGACGUAGCAGCAUUGAAUCUCCAAAGUCUGGUGUAUAUAGAGAACCGUUUCAGUUUGAUAUCAAGUCUGGUUCCAGUAGCCAGUUGGAUGCAGCGAAAGUUUUGACAUCCCACGGUGAAAAAGUUAAGCCUGAACAAUCAUUGUUGUCACUUCAGCAAUCCCACAGUGCCACAGAGACAGUGCCUCUCCUAAGAAGCCACUCAAUGCCUUCUGCUGCAUGCACUAUAAGCUCCCCACAUACCUUUAGAGGUAGCUAUUCAUUUGAUGAUCACAUCAUGGAGCCUGAAGUCUUAAGCCGCAGUCAAGCGUUUUCUUCCCAUCCCCGAAUGCUAAAACGACAACCAGCUAUUGAGCUACCUUUGGGGGUAGAAUAUGUCUCAGAGGAGGUUAGCUCUGCAAACAAAGAAACUGUUUCCAAACCUCCUGAGGAGCCUGAAACCAAGGAAAGCGAUGUUACCAAAAAGUCUCGGAAGGGUCCGAAAGUUAAAGGGUUCAUGUACGAGUGUAACGUAUGUGGUGCUCGGUAUAAGAAAAGGGACAAUUAUGAAGCCCAUAAGAAAUACUACUGUUCAGAACUGCAGCUCUCAAAGCCUCGUUCUUCCACUUCCCACACCUCUUCAGAGACUGAGAAAAGUGUUGCGGAUCCUGACCCAUGGCCCCAGAUGAUGCAUUACAAGCUAGGGAGCAGUUUGGAGCUCACCCCGCUCCGAAAGAGGCGAAAGGAGAAGAGCCUCGGUGAUGAUGAAGAGCCUCCAGCCUUUGAGCUGUCUGAGACUCCCUCCUCCAGCACUGCACCAGGCACUCAGUUUGCAAACCCAGCAUCAUCUGACGUUGCGUUAAACCUAACCCGUGAAUCCAUUAAGUCACCAGCAGAUCCAGGUAAAUCCGCACCUUCUGAUGUCAGUGCCAGCUUCCAUUCCAGGAAUACCAAACCGGCUUCAAGUGCAGAAGGCAAAGAGAGAAGAACAACCUCAAAGGAGAUCUCUGUUAUCCAGCACACGAGCUCCUUUGAGAAGUCUGACUCUAUUGAGCAAGCAAGCAGCUUGGAAGAAGACAAACCCUUGCCACAGUACUCGUCUCAGCCGGCACCCCAGCACAGCCGACCGCCUCACUCCCUGCAGCCCAGGCUGGUACGCCAGCCCAACAUCCAGGUCCCGGAGAUUCUGGUCACAGAAGAGCCCGACAGACCAGAAACGGAGCCAGAGCCUCCACCCAAAGAGCCAGAGAAAACAGAGGAGUUCCAGUGGCCACAGAGGAGCCAGACCCUUUCUCAGCUCCCAGCAGAGAAGCUUCCACCAAAAAAGAAGAGGCUGCGGCUGGCAGAAAUGGCUCAGUCCUCCGGAGAGUCCAGCUUUGAAUCCGUCUCCCUCACCCGAAGCCCCAGUCAGGAAAGCAGCAUAUCCCACGGCUCCAGCCACUCUGUCUCAUUUGAUCGGGAAGAGCACGGCAAGUCAGAGUCAACGAGCCAGCCCUCCGAAUCCCACCCAAAGCCUCCUGCUGUUGGCUCACAUAUGUUGAUGGUACCAAGCCACCAUCACCAUUCCAGGGAAAUGCGGAGAUCUGCUUCUGAGCAGACGCCGAAUGUGUCCCAUCCUUCCCAGAUGUCCGAGACCCGCAGUAAAUCAUUUGACUACGGGAGCUUGUCGUCCACUCCUGCCUCAACCCCUGGCCCCUCAUCCUCCUCAGCUCCACAGGAGCGAAGGAAAUGCUUUCUAGUCAGGCAAGCAUCCCUCACUAGGCACCCAGAGCAUGAGCCAGACUCGGCCCCAACAGGCCGGCCAGAGACAGAAGAGCCAAUUCCUUCUACAAGCAAAUCUCCUUCAACAAGCUUGCCCCAGCAGCCAACAUCUUCAUCCCCUUUGCCCUCUCACAGUACUUACCCAAGUGAAAAGAGUCAGCCAAAAGACAGCCCUCAGCCAGCGUACACCCAGCCAUACACAGAAGCUCUGCAAGUGUUUCAUCCCGUACCACAGCUGACACUGCAUGAGAAGCAGUUCAUGACCCCACAGGUUUCUAUCUUCCCCUACCAGCACCUGCUGCCGCAGGCAGGGCAGUCUGCAGAGCUCUUUGCCGCACACACCAUGUCUGACAUCCUCUCUGCUCAGUUCACCAUGCCUCAGAUUCCUCCUUCCAUAUUUCAGACCCCACCACUGCCUCUCCCACAAACGCUCAUCCACCCAGGCCCGCUUCAUAUCGCUCCUCCGCUGAUGUCUCACCCAGCUGAGGUCCCAUUCAGGCAGCAUCCUUCAUUCCUGCCAGUUCAUUAUCCCGUCUCCUCACCAAUACCUUCAGCCUUUUUUCUGCCUCUUCAGUCUCAGUUUGCUCUCCAGUUGCCAGGUGAAGCUGGUGGACAUUUACCGCAGAUCAAAUCCAGUUUGUUUUCAACAGUGGGAGCCUCCACUCUUUCCCCGUGCACAGAAUAUGACUCGGACAGUAGGUUGCAUCCUCUGACCUGCACAACAAGUCCUUCGGUGACUGUGUCUGCAUCUCAGCUCAUUGUUCCUACGCGGUCAGACCCAGUGGUGUCACUUGUUGUCCCUGUUCGCAUACAGACAAAUAUGCCAUCCUAUGGGAGUGCGAUGUACACAACGCUGUCCCAGAUUCUGGUCACCCAAUCCCAGUGCAGUUCCUCUUCUAUCGUACUCCCCAAAUUUGAUGAUCACCAACCCAAGGGUACCCUGGUCUGUAGCGCUGAUGUUCAUGGACUAGGUUUUGAUCUGGCACAGAUGAUCACAGAGGAUCAAAGAAGCAUUUUCCAGAGCCCAUAUCUGAGAGUGCCCUUACCCUUACCGGAACGGAAAGGGUAUAUGCCACUCACCUCCCCAUCAGAUAGUGUCCUUGGACUGGAAGCAGGCACAUCAACAGUUGGUGGAAGCAAAAGAAUGCUCUCUCCUGCUGGUAGCUUGGAGCUGACCAUGGAAACACAACAGCAGAAGAGAGUGAAAGAGGAGGAAGCAUCUGAAGCAGAAGAGAAGUUGGAGGUGGUAAAGCCACCCAGUACAAUAGAGGAAGGGAAAAAGCAGGAGAAGUCUCAUUUGCUUGCAGAAAGCCAAGGGAGGGUCGAGGUUGAAACACCACCUAGCUUGUCCUCAGAGCAGUCAGAGCCAAAGGAAAUCCCAAGUACUUCACAGCAAGCUGUGUCCCAUUCAGGUUCUCCAAGUUUUGAGGCACUGGAAGAGUAUAAGCAGCCAGCUGGCAAGCAGUUCCUCAGCAAAGCACCUUUGCAACCCGUGAAGAAAGAAGACUCCAAAGAAGUGGUGGAGCAGUCUCCACCAAACCCUCCAAGCACUGCACCUCUGUCUGAGGUCACUCAUAGUCCAAUGAAGUCUCAAGAAGGUACAGAUACGAAGAAGGUACUUCAGUUCCCCAGUCUCCACACAACCACUAAUGUCAGUUGGUGCUAUUUAAACUACAUAAAGCCAAAUCAUAUCCAACAAGCUGAUCGAAGGUCUUCAGUGUAUGCCAGCUGGUGUAUUAGCCUGUAUAAUCCUAACCUUCCAGGUAUAUCCACUAAAGCAGCCCUGUCCCUCCUGAGGUCCAAGCAGAAGGUGAGCAAGGAAACCUACACCAUGGCUACUGCUCCACGUCCAGAGGCAGGCAGGCUUGUCCCGUCCAGCUCCAGGAAGCCAAAAAUGACCGAGGUUCAUUUGCCUUCGCUCCUUUCUAAUGAAGGUCGAAAAGAUAUAACUAGAGCUGAGAAGGAAGAGGAUAAAAGAGGCAAAUCAGAAGAAGAGGCUCUUGUAACCAAAAGAGGAGAGCCAGUCCGGAUCAAGAUCUUUGAAGGAGGGUACAAAUCAAACGAAGAGUAUGUGUAUGUGCGAGGCCGUGGAAGAGGGAAGUAUGUAUGUGAGGAGUGUGGAAUUCGCUGCAAGAAACCCAGCAUGCUGAAGAAACACAUUCGCACGCACACAGACGUCAGGCCAUAUGUCUGCAAGUACUGUAACUUUGCUUUUAAAACCAAAGGGAAUCUGACUAAACACAUGAAGUCAAAGGCCCACAGCAAAAAAUGUCAGGAGAUGGGCGUGCUGGUAUCUUCACUGGUGGAUCUGGAAGCCGAAGAAGGAACCAGUGAAGACCUAUUCCAGGACUCUGAGGGGCGGGAGGGAUCUGAGCCAAUUGAAGAACAUCAGUUUUCAGACCUAGAGGAAUCUGACGAGGAUGAUGACAAUGAAGAUGAGGAAGAUGAGGAGGAAGAAGAGAGCCAAGAUGAGCCACCUUUAAAGCUGCCGGAAGGCAAACAUACCACCCUCCUGAUGCACUCCUCAGGUGGCUCUCCAUCUUCUCAAGAGGAAGGCACCGAAACAGCAUUGUCCUCAGCCCAAGAAACUGUUCCCAGUGGCCAAAAAGCAGGUGAAGGCCAGCAGGCCUCCUCCUCAGGGCUGGAAACAAAGUGGUCAGCAGACAGCAGUGACAUUGCCGUGUGCCACAGCUUCUUGAGUCUCCACAGACCAGCUUUGACCUCCACCGAACAACUGGCUUCUGCUGAGAGGGAGUCUGUCACCAGGCCACAGAUGGCCUUAGUCAUGGACCUGGCAACCUCAAAAGACACAUCCCCAAGGAAGAGGUGGUCUCCGAGCCAGGACUCUGGCAGAGCUGGUGGCAGCAACCGACCAUUGCUAGCCAGGAAACACCUAUUAACCAAAACCGAAGCUUCACCGAAGCGGUUCUCACCCACUGCAGAGCUGUCCUCCCUGAGGUGCCUGUCGCCAGGGAGAGGGUUGUCUCCUUGCCAACGUGUCUCUCCCAGGAGGGAGGCAUCUCCACUGCGAUGUGUGUCACCACGACUCGAGCUGUCGCCCAACAGGCAUCUGUCCCCCAGAGGAGAGCUGUCCCCAAGAACAUACCCUCCACCAGAAGGAGAGGUCUCCCCUGUCAGGCACCCAUCACCGAGCACGGAGGUGUCAUCAGUCAGAUAUCUAUCGCUGAAGAAAGUCCUGUCUCCAGGAUGCUCUGAGCCGUCUAGGUAUCCAUCCCCUGGGAAAGAGGACUUGCCUGGUACUAGCAAAUCAGCAGCAGAUGACCAAGUUCAAAGCUCAUAUCAAGCCCAGCAUGGGAUAUUAUCUUUGAUGCCUCUACCUCACAGGUUCUUUGGCAAAAACAUACAGCUCUAUGAGUCCAAGCUGAAGAUAGAAACAAGAAGCCCAACAUGCUCACCUGGCAUCACGCAGCCUGUCUGCUCCAGACCCUUCCAGGCACCUCAUGAAAUACACGUCCACGCUCCCAGCCGAGGGGAGGAGAAUGUCUUCAGCCAUCUCCCGUUGCAUUCACAGCAGCUCACAAGGACCCCAUAUCCUAUGAUUCCCAUUGGGGGCAUCCAGAUGGUCCAGGCGAGGCCAAGCACCCAUCCCAGCUUGGUGCCCAGUUCAGUCGUGUCCCUGCAAGUGGGAUACUUUGCCUCUGGUGGCAGCAGCGUUGCCGAUUCCAGCCAGGCUCCUAAAAGGGACGAGGAACAGGUCCCGCAGGAGCCAUCAUCAGCAUCCGUCUCCCCGGUUGCAAAGGUUUCUAAAUACACACUGUCCCCAGAGCUUACAAGCAGUGGUUACUUGGAAGAGAAAAUGAGGACUAGUGAGCUCCAGCAAAAGACAGACCAGGAGGAAUACAGGGUAAAAGGGUUGGCUGAGUCCAGCCAGGCGGAGCAGGCAGGCGGCUCAGCAUCCCCAGCCAGCCCCAAUGCAUCCCACGAGCACUCCCCAAAGCCUUCAACAAGUGGGGAAGAGCCCUUGACAGAACCGGGCAAGAAGCAAUGUGGCAGCUCGAGCACUUGUUUUGACUCAUCCUGCACUUUCAUCUCAGAUGCCCCCUCGCAGGCGCUGGACCGGAGCAGCAGCACCAGCUGCCUCUCAGAGCCCUCAUCCAGCCAUCCGCACGCCCAGCCCUUCUCCAGCCGGAGCAGGAACCUCUCCGGAGAGCCCAGUCACCAAGGGGGAAGCUCCAUGAAGAGCAGCCCACACCCAGAGCACGCAGAUUUAGGUCAAACUCAAAGGAAGGUGGAUGAAAACACGGGAAGUGCUUAAGCCUCCACCAUCUGUUCCACCUUUAGGCUUCCAAUGUAAAAUCAACAGACAUUUUCAACACUAGUUCCUUUAGUAUAAUCAUCGCUAUAAGAAGCACUCUAGUGAAUGACCAAACCCAUGGAAGAUUCCUGGUUUUCUUUGUCCCAGUCUGGUAUUAUCUCCACAUGUAUGCAGUUACUUGUGCCUUUUUCUAUACCUUUUGUUGCUCGAAAUGUACAAAACUGUUUGAGGCUGUGAAUAUUUUUUUACAGUUUUUUGGAAAGGGGUUUGUUAGACCUUUGUCUUUCUUUGCCAUUUCGGUGUGCGUAAUGAUGGGCCUGAGAGAUGCAGAAAGGAAAGGGUUAAGCAUUUUAAGAGGAAGAAGAUGCACUGAGACAAAAAACAAACAGAAAAACUUUUAUAUUGAUUAAAUGAUUAAAAAGAGAUAAAAAACACAAAAAGAAAACCAAACCAAACCCUUGCUCCUGUGUACAGAAGUUUAUGAUUGGUAUUUAUUACAUGCUUUAUUUAAUUCUCCCAAAGUGCUUGGUUUUUUUCUCGCAUCCCUCUGUUCGCCUAUGGUUGUGCUUUAAACAGUUGACACUGCUUUACAUUUGAGAAUCGUGUUUACCCUGGAGCUUGUGAAUGAAACUAGCACUUCCUUGAGUAGGGGAGGUUCCUUCGCAGGGAGAGAAAUGGUCACUCAAACAGGAAAAUGAAUCUUGAGCAUCCCUCCUCCCUCCUGCAGAACCCAGCAAAGCACUUUCCUAAAAAGGGACAGAAAAAUAAGGUUCUUCUGCAAAGAUGUACCUGCAAGAACACAGGGAUGUAUCGAAUGUAGACCCAGUGCCAGGAAUGGUGUCUCUCGCUGGACGAGCCGGCCUCCUGCUUGCUUUAAUCCUCCCACCCCGGCAAAGUCCUGCCCGUGCCUGACCCCCUUCUUCGGUGGGGUUUGGAGCCCUCUGUCACCACCCUCCCUCGGUUUAAACGACGAAGUUAAUCUCAGCCUUGCAGCCGUUUUUCCUCUGUCCUUUUUUAGUCGCGGACGAGUUCCCUCUUACACCCACCUUGCUCCUGCUGGUUUGGCUUCAUUGAGGCCCAGGGAUGCAGGAGGAGUUUGUGCUCUGCUCGUCUGCACGCCUGAGGCUCCGUAACUCAUGAGUAACUCCGUGGCUUGUUUUCACCUUAUUUAUUUAUUUAAGCAGAUCGUCGCCAGCGCUGUCCUUCUGGUGCAGAUGGGCCCUGUUGUGGUUAUUGGUGUUUCAGAAGCAACCAGUGAUGAUGCUGAGCGGUUCAUGUCUGCAAUCAGCUUCUUGUGCAUGCACAGGGACUUCUGGCAGAGCAGAGUUUUAACUAUGACCAUCCGUAGCAGAGCAAUGGCCUCUACUGCCAAUAGAUACGAUACCAAAUACAGAGAGACCCGAUGGAGCCAUUCCUCUCUGUCAUGUUAAUACACUUUUUAAGAUCCAACUGUUCCGUAUAUGUUUGCCCUAGCAGACGGCAGGUUCUUUACUACUUCAGAGGGUUUUCUGGUCUAUGGAAUCUGUACAAACCUCUUUUUUUUGGGUUUUAUUUUAACAGAAAAAGCUAUUUAAGCGGUGGAGCAGUUGUUCCUUUCGGAGCUGCUCUGGUUUAUCGGGUACGUGAUACACUUUUUAACUAAAAUAAUAAAAAUCAUUAAAAAAAAGCAAAGAAAUCAAAGAACCCCCUGACUGAGAACAUCUCCCUUUGCCAGACGUGGUGAGUGAUGAACUGUUCCCGUUCCACAGGCAAAUAAUAGACCUUUUUUAAUGAUCUUCUGUGAUUUUUUGGGGGGUUUCCUUCUGUUCUUUUCAAGGGAAUUAAGUACAAAAGAAGAUAUCAUGGAAAUAACCUUAAGGCUGUGACACUGACCAAAACAAUGUCCAGAACCCAUUUAUACCUUAAUUAGCACUUUUAUCAAGUUGCCCUUUUUCCCAUCUCUCCCUCUUUGGCCCCAAGCCUGGAAGCUGGUCCUGCGUUCAAGCCUGGCCAGAUCCCAGGGCAGGAGCAGGGUCUGAGAGCUCAGUUCAGUGAAGCAGCUCUGUUCAAUGAAACUCUUAAGCACCAGCUUAAAUCCUACUCAGGUUUUAAGCAUGUGCUUACUAUCAAGAUGACUCGGAGAGGACUGCUCAGUGUAAGCAUCCCUGCGAACCAUCCACCACUUCUUACUUCCCUGGCUUUUGCCACUUUGCCCCCUCCCUUUCCCUUGUCACACUCUUAACAUUAUUCCAAGGUAGCUUUUUGUAUUUAAUUUUAUAUCUAUAUAUUUAUAUAUAUUGAAAUUGUACAUAAAAAAAAAUAAUGCAGCAGUUGUGCACUCAGAGUCCUGGUUUUGUUUAGGUGCAUUUGACAUGAGCUUUGGGCUAGAUCAAAUUUGCUCGGCUUCUUUCUAUAGCUCUGUUUAAAUCCUUGAUCUGUUGAUACUUUAGAUGGGGGUGAUGGGUUUUUUUCCUCUGUCAUUUCUGGACAGAGGGG